AUGUUGGGAAAGCUACCUGUUGUGCUACAGAUUAAGUGGAGAGAUGAGGCUCUGAGAAUUAGAGAAAGAAAAGGUUUCUCAACCCUUGAAGAUCUAGUGGAGUUUACUGAAAGGCAUGCUAAAGCAGCUAAUGACCCAGUCUUCAGAAGGGUUGGGAAGACGAACCAAUUCUUCCAAAGAAGGAACCCAAGAGCCACUCGACAACCAUUACCUCCAAGUCUUUAUGCGGUGGCCGGGCCCAAGACAACGAUGGCAGAUAAGGAUUCAAAUUCUUCAAUGCUGAAUGUAAAACGUUAUGACUGUGAGUCUAUACAUGAGACAGAGCACUGUCCUGAUUUUAUAAACAAAUCUAUAACGCAGAGAAUAGUCUUUGCAAGGUACAAAGGACUUUGUUUGAACUGCUUACACAAGGGACACUUUGUUAGUGAGUGCUAAUCAACCUUUUUAAAGGUUGUCAACAACCACACCAUUCCUUAUUACACAAACGAACAGAGGGAAGGGGGAGGGAACGUUGGCGAACCCUAAAGAAGGCCCAGGGCCGAGUGAGCAAGCAAAUGUGAAUACUGUAACAACAGCACCUGUUGAAGCACCAAGUCGCAGGUACUCCACGACCUCAAGGACUAAGGUUGCAUUAUAUGUUGUUCCAGUUAAGAUAAUGAGCAAAGAAGGAGACUGUUACUACUUAUGCACUGCUUAAUACUGGGAGCGAAGAGACAUUUCUCUCCAAGGCUAUUUGUGAUAAACUUGGGUUACAAGUAAGCAACUGUGACACUGGCUGUGUGAACAUUGUCAGGCGAGUCCUCAAUUAAAGUUGGUCAAGCUAAUGUUCAAGUGAAAGCUGUUGAUAGCCGGGACAAUCGUACCCUAGCAAUUGAAAACGUUAAAGUUGUAGACAAUCUUAACAUCACUACCAAUUUCGAUUAAAGGCUUGAGUUGCAAGCAGCGACCUUAUUUGAGAAGAUGUACAGAGUGCUUGAAGAUGAGCUGACUUACAAAGAUAAGCAAGGCUACAUUUUGGUCGGAUUCUCAGACGACGUUGCAGUAUAUUGAGAAUGAAUAUAAGCGAUUUCAGACAUGCUAACCAUGUGGCUGAAAUAUGUCAAGUUACAUCACCUUACCAAUGGAGGCACUGCCCAGGAAACGUUAACUCUGCCGAUGAUGCUUUGUGUGGCUUAAAACCUGAGAAAUUUUCUUGUCAACAUUGAUGGUACAGAGAACCUAAAUUCCUUUGGGAGGCAGGGAAGUGCUGGCCACGUGUAGUAACAUGUGGAGAAGUACCAGACCGUGACCUGGAAGAGGCGAAUUUCAGCAAAUGUUCACCGUGUAGCAUUCAUCCCACCGAGUGAAGUGAGAAGAUAUUCGCGCAGGUUUAAGUUGGCCAUGUAGAGUGGAUAG